AAUAUGUUGUGAAUAUUGAAUUGUGGUUUUGUUUACAUUAUUAGUGUUUCUCUUCUUCCACACUAUCUAUUAGAAUUUAUUAGUAGUUAUUUGAAAUAAGUCAAUCCAUAAAGUUAGAAAUAACAAGAGCAAACAAAAAAGAAAUGAUGGAUGACGACGGUCGAUGGAUGACAUCACUUCCAAAUGAAUUGCGCGAUUUGCCAAUCAUCAAUCUUGCAAUACCCGGCUCUCAUGAUACAAUGUCAUAUGGCAUAAAAUCUGGAGCAAAGCCUGCUCCAGAUGCUGAAAGGUCCACAAGGUGGUUGAAUUUCUUUUUCCCUUGGUGUGUGAGACGUUGGGCGAAAACACAGUCUUCUAGUAUUUUGGAACAAUUGUUGUUAGGAGUGCGUUAUUUCGAUUUGCGUGUAUGCCAAAAUAACGAUAAAUUCUAUUUUGCGCAUGGGCUCUUUGCAAUGGAAAUUUUUGAACCACUGGAAGAACUUAAACGAUUUUUACUUUCAAAUAAGGGAGAGGUUUGCAUUUUGGACUUUCAACAUUUUUACGAUAUGAACCUGUUACAUCAUGCCCAACUACAGAACCUCUUACUACAAUUAUUUAACUCUCUGCUGUACACUAAAUUUCAUGGAACUAUAACUGAUUUUACUUUGAAUAGGUGUAGUACAUUGGGUACACAAAUAUUUUUAAUUUACCGGCGUUGUCCCUUGCCAUUGCCAAAAGAAUUUUGGCCAAGUAAUAUUUGGCCGACUCCAUGGCCAAAUGUAACUUCCAUAAAGAAACUUGAAACAUAUCUUCAAAAAUCUCUUCUGUCCAGAAAACCUUCGCAAGGAUACGUCACACAAUGUGUAUUGACACCUUCUGGUAAAUACAUAACACUCAGGUUCUUUUCCUCUUUACGUAAAACUGCGAAAAAAGUUAACAAGAAAUUGAAACCGUGGAUUGAGGAACAAAUACCCGGACCGUUUUUGGAUAAUGAAUCACCUAAAACAAAUGUGUUUAUUACAGAUUUUGCCAGUUUAGAUAACGGACAAUUUUGUAAGAUGGUUAUAGGCCUUAAUUAUAAAAUUGAAAGUGUGUCCAAAAUCGGUGAUAGUUAAAACUGUUUAUUUUUUGCUUUUUUUU